AUGAGACAUCAAUAUUUUAAAUCUUUACAAAAAGGAUUUUUAAAAAGAGGAGCGAUAGAAGCUUCAAGGGCAGAUUCUAAGGGCUUAUCGUUUUUGAAGAAUUUCUUCUUUAAGAAUGAUUCAAAUUUUAAAAAAAAUGAGGAGAAAAAAAGAAAUAAUAAUAAUAAAAAACUAUUGAAGAUGUCUGUUAAUGUUGAAAACUCUACCACAAUAAAUCACAAGAACGAUUUAAUAACAUUUUUAUAUGAUAAUGUAUUAAAAUUAAUUUCGGGAACAUUUUUAAAUUGUUCACAUAAUCCUAUGGAAAUUCCAAAAUCAGGUGAAUUUUUGUCAAAAAUAGAUACAGCACACUUAUUAACAUUAAUAAUAUGCUCUAUCAUAUGCUUUAUAACUAUUAUUAUGUGUAUUAUACACAUAUCAUAUGUCCAAAUUUAUGUUACAAACUCUAAUAGAAAAUUUUUCAUAUUAUUUUUGGCUGGAACAGCUCCUUUUGUUUCAAUAGCAGCAUUAGGGGCUAUGAUUGCACCAAGAAUUUGGUUUUUAUCACAUCUUUUAAGUUUUUUUUACUUCUCUAUUGGAUUAUGGAUAAUUAUCCGCCUUAUGAUGCAUAUAGUUGAUGGAAGGCAAGCAGUGGUAAAAAAAAUGUCAGAAACAAAUUCAAAAAUUAAUUUACAAACACCACCAUUUUGUUGUGUAUUUCCAUGUUUACCAAAAUUUUCAAUGGAAAUAAAAAAAAUUAAAAUUUUAGAAAUUAUGGUUUUUCAAUCUUCGUGUAUACGCCUUAUCGCAACAUUAUUAUCUUUAGCAUUAGUUUUUGAAGAUCCACAAGGAUCAGGAUUAUCAUUAAAAAUAAUUGAUUUUAUGACAACUCCAUCUUUAUUAUUAGGAAUUUAUGGAUGUCAUAUAUUAGUAACGACGAUUUCAAAACUUGAAGAAGUUAUGCCAUUUAGAUAUGUCGCUGUAUUUAGAAUUCUAGAUAUAUUUUUAAUGUUUUUUGGUAUGCAACAACCAAUAUUUGAUUUUAUUGCUAGAAUUGGUGUUUUUGGAUGUGGGGAUGUAUUACCACCAUUAGAAUCAGCAUUUUUUUGGAAGAAUUCUUUAAUUGUAAUUGAAUCAUUUAUUGUUUCACUUAUUUCGACAAUAUUAUUGAAACCUAGCAGAAGUGCUCUUUUUGAUAAAUAUCCAAAUGUAAACUUAGAAACAACAACUAUGUCACAUGAAAAAUAA